CACACGGAGCUACCGAGAGCCACAAGCUGGAAGCAAGUGAGCCGAGCGCAGGUGGGCGGACGCAACGAUGAUGGUGGUGGCAACUACGAGCCCCGACGGGCUAGAGGCGCUGCAGGUGCGCGAGGUCGAGGAUCUCUCGGCGCCGGGGGAGGGCAAGCUGCUUGUCGGGGUGGCCGCUGCCGGCGUCAAUCGCGGCGACACGGUCCAGCGGCAGGGCCGGUACUCGCCGCCGGUCGGCGCCUCCCCCUACCCGAGGCUUGAGUGCUCCGGCACCAUCGUCGCGCUCGGGGCCAACACCCCCCGCGCUGGGCCGUCGGUACCAGGUGCCAAGCGUGCCCCCAUGGUGAAUUUGCUGAUGGCCGCAGCUGCUCUGAACCUCACUUUUUUUGCAUAUGCUGUUGCAUUUGCAGGUGUACGCGCUGCUUACCGGCGGCGGGUAUGCAGAGAAGGUUGUGGUUCUGGCAGGGCAACUACUACCGACGACAGAGGAGGGUCGCUGACUAAUAGCCGCCAGCUUGCCUGAGGUGGCCAGCACCGUCUGGUCCACCGUCUUCAUGCCAGUCACCUCUCCCCCGGUGAAUCCUUCCUUGUAAGAAAAUCUCUCUUGCUAAUUUUUUCUCCAUGUGAUGAAUGCAAACGGCUAGCAAUUCACCGCACUUGCUUCUUCCUUGGACUAGGACUGGCUAUAAAUCUCUUACACUGAGCACCUAAGUUGGAAUCUCGUAUAUCUU